AUGGGCGAGUUUUACCGACCGCUCUUGCUCCCAACAAAUGGCUCGCAUGCAUUGGCGCCUAGCGGCUUCUCACUGGUGCCGAAAGCGACUUUAAUGGAUCAAAUUUAUAGUCACGACGUGAUCGAGUCUGUAACCAAGCAACGUCGUGAUUCUUGCACACGAAAACACACAAACUUAUUGACUUGA